CUGUAGGUCAAUUAAGCUAGGACGAGAGAGGAGGCAUCAUGGAGCUACUCGGAGUGGCCUCUGACAGAGGGGCGCCUCUGCUUGUGGGCUCGCUGCUCGUGGCCGUCGCCAUCUUCAUCCUCAUGCUGCUCAGGCCCGACGGCAGGCACGGCCGCCUUCCCCCGAGCCCCAUGGCACUCCCGUUCAUUGGCCACCUCCACCUCAUCCGCCCGCCUCCCCACCGCGCAUUCGACAGGAUCAUCGCGCGCCAUGGGCCCCUCGUUUACCUCCGGCUUGGCCCUUCCGCCCACUGCGUCAUCAUAGGCUCUGCGGGCGUGGCACACGACGUCCUCAAAUUCGAGGGCAGCAUCCCGGAGCGGCCGCUAACGGCCGUCACGCGCCACCUCGCCUACGACUCGGUGGGCUUCGCCUUCGCGCCCUACGGUCCGCACUGGCGCUUCAUGAAGCGCCUCUGCAUGUCGGAGCUGCUCGGCCCGCGCACCAUCGAGCAGUUGCGCCCCGUCCGCGCCGCCGAGCUUGCAGGGGUCUUGCGCGUGGCGACAGCAGCGUCUGCCAAGGGGGAGACGUUGGACAUGAGCAGGCAGCUCAUUCGCAUGUCCAACAACGCCAUCAUGAGGAUGGUGGCCACCGAUCUGCCGGGCGACAUGGCUGACGCGGCCCGUGACUGUGCCAAGCAGGUAGCGGAGCUGGUGGGCGCGUUCAACUUGGAGGACUAUGUGCCGCUCUGCCGCGGCUGGGAUCUGCAGGGGCUCGGCCGGAGGACACGCGGCGUGCACGCAAAGUUCGACGCGCUCCUGGAAACCAUGAUUAAGAACAAGGGGAAGGAGCGGCGCGAGGUAGCAGACAAGGCUAAUGCCAAGGACCUGCUUGACAUUCUCAUGGACGCGGCGGCAGACCCGACUGCUGAAGUCAAGCUCACCAGGGACAGCAUUAAGGCAUUUGUCCUAGACAUCUUCACUGCCGGGUCGGAUACGACGGCCACCACCGUGGAGUGGAUGAUGGCAGAGCUGCUGAACCAUCCGCACUGUCUGCAGAAGCUGCGGACGGAGCUCGACGCCGUGGUGGGCAGGUCACGGCUGGUGGGCGAGCCGGACGUGGCGCAGAUGCCGUACCUGCAGGCAGUGCUCAAGGAGACCUUGCGGCUGCGGCCGCCGGCAGUGUUCGCCCAGAGGGAGGCGAUGCAGCCCAUACACGUCCGCGGGUACACAAUCCCAGUCAAGACGUCGGUCUUCUUUAACAUCUUCACCAUCGGGCGCGAUGCGACGUGGUGGGAGGAGCCACUCGAGUUCCGGCCGGAGCGGUUUAUGCCCGGCGGGGCCGGUGAGGACGUGGACCCCAAAGGACAGCACCUGCAACUAAUGCCGUUCGGUAGCGGGCGCCGCGCGUGCCCCGGCAUGGGGCUGGCCAUGCAAGCCGUACCGGCGUUCCUAGCAGCGCUGGUGCAAUGUUUCGACUGGGAGGUGCCAAAUCCGCCGCUAGACAUGGAGGACGAGGCGGGGCUGGUGAGUGCCAGGAAGCAGCCGCUUGUGCUCCUUCCCAUGCAGCGCCUUCAUCCACUACCCCUACCAUAAAUUGUUUCAGGAUCCCAUUGUAUCCUCUAGCCCUGUCCUUCCAUAUAACGCUACCACUUUCAUAUAUCUACCUAUAUCUCUAUAUCUUCGGGCAUUAAUUUACAACACGCAGGUUUAUUGGGCACGCGGAUCCUGGGUCGUUGAUUUGCGCGAAGAUUCGUGCUUUGGGUUAUGUAUACAUAUCGUUCCACUUUUGUUUAUGUGUGUAAUAAAUUCGUAUAUCCUGGCUAUACACCUGUUGGUGUGGGACCCCAUACCUGUGGCGUGGGGUCCCUAAACAA